AUGGUCCCUAUCCGCUUCUCCGCCCUCCUCGUCGCCGCGACCUCCGCCCUCGCUCUGCAAGGUCACGCCGAUGCUGCCCCAUGCGACGCCGACAACUACUCCAAGGUCGCCGCCGCCGUGCAGACGCUCCACUCAAACUGCGCCGGCUGGGCUGCCUACCUCGCCAGCGGAGGCGUCUGGACGUGCGACUCCACGUGCCGUGAUGCCGUCACCAACCUCGUGGAUACGCUGCCCGACUGCACGUUCGGCGGUCCGUACGGCCAGAACUACAAGCAAGUCGUCGAGGGCAUGGUGGCAACAUGCAACGGAGCAGUGCCCGCUGGCUCGGACUUAACCGCAGCGACGAGCUCCACCACCGCCGCGCCCGCUGACUCAACAGCGACGCCCAGCUCGACGACUGCUGCGCCAAGCGUCAACACUAACAGCAGCAACAACAACAGUACGGAGUCGGCAACAUCGACGACGACAACGGCCCCCAGCACCACGACCAGCACGGACAACAAGGACUCCACCGACAACGAUUCCAGUGCCAGCACCAACACAAACGCCAGUGCCAGUGCCGGCGCCGCUGACACCCCGGCCUCCGAAGUCGCCACAACUUCCGGCGCUAGCUCACAGUCCGCGAGUGCAAUGGCUGCGGUGGUGCUGGUCAUUGUUGGCUCCCUGCUGCACUAG